AAAAUGCCAAGAUAAGAUCAGCUACUUCUUCACUGUAACAAAUCACUGUCCACAGCCGCGACGGCAGAUGUCAGGGAGUAGCUCCGGUUAUCGUUUUCUUCUCUUCUGUCACGUGCGGUUUCCCUGACCUAAUCAUUUUUGGUUUACGAUAAAUUACAUUGCAAAUUUCGGGAUUUUUGGAAUCUUUGGAAGCUUCUUUCUACUUUACCCUUGUUGGAUCAUUAUUCAUAACAGUUUCCACUUAUAUUUCCCUUGCAUUUUAAGAUUCCCUUUGAAGUUUUGUAAUUAAAGUAGAUUCUUUGCUGUUUUAGCAUCUUCAAUUGUGGGUUGUUUCUUCUUUACAAAUUCUUUGCACCCAAAUCAUAAAAGGGCUUUUCUUUUUUUCUUUUUUUUUUUUUUGGUUUUACCUUUCUAUUCGAAUUUUGGUUCCCAAACUGCUCUUUAUUCCUGGGGAUCUUGAGUUUUUUUUUUUUUUUUUGAUUUGCAUGUUGUGCUAUUUACUCCCUGGAGAGAGUGGUUUUGAUACUGUCUGUAUUUUACUUAAAAUGGAUUUCCAUUGUACAUAUGUAGAUAAUGUUCAUUUGCUUAUAUUACUAUUGGCAUGAUUUCAGCUUGUAGCAAACAAGAAAUGCAACUUUGGAAACCAUAUAAACUGGGCGGGCAUCAAUCACAUGGAUUGCAACUUGUUUUCCUUUUUGUGACAUUUUCUGCAUGGUGAAUGUUAACAGUAAGGCAAGCCAUAGUUUGAACAAGGAUUUGCUGUAUCCUUGCAAAUCCUGUUGUGUGGCCCAUUUUUUGUGAAAGUUGUGUGGGAACUGCAACAGGAUUUUGGGAGUAUGUAUUAAAUUACCCUCAUCAGAGACAAAAUCAGGCAACAUUAAACAAUGUUUGACCUC